UUACUCUGAACUCUCUCACGGUCCUCAUCCUUCGGUGGCGCGACCAACCAUGGAGUGCGCGGGAAAUGGCAGUGAAUCUCGUUGCGUUCGCAAACCUACCAGACGCUGUGGUCGCUGCAGCGCCGUCUCUUACUGCUCCGUCUCACACCAGAUUUCUCACUGGAGUGUACAUAAGAAAGAAUGUGAAAGGUUAGAAGAACAGAUGAAGGAUGUUGCUGUUUUAAAUGAAUUCCCUUUUACGUUUUCCUGCGAGGCGACUUUUCAGAUUUGUGAGAAACGAGAGAGCCGCUGUUCAUUGCUGGAAAAAUUUGGAAUUCAUCGCAUUGGUAUGUGGAUGCAUGAAUGCUGCUGUGGGGAGCAAGAUUCAUUUUCUGAAUGUUUCAGGUUGAUGGAAAAUUGGAACAUCCCAAGUGUGCUAUGUCCAUGCCAGGGUCCUAUAUCUCCCAUACCAAAGCAAUUGACUGACUGGAAGGAAUACUAUGAGUGGAGGCACAUCCCACUUCAUUCACCUGCUGCUCUGCUUCUUCACUGGCCUCUUACCUUAUAUCGGGCUGUUAAACUUGCUGUUGGGAGGAACUUAAUUCGGGAUAUCACUGAGGAACUGUCUAUUCAUUUCCUGGGGCCCGAGAAAGAACUUUAUCAAUUGGCAGUGUUUGGUGAGUUGCAUGCCCUUUUUCCUGGACUAAAGGUGCACGUGGAACUGAUUGGUCCUGCUAUCCCAGAACAUUGGGAUGGGCAAAAGAUUGACCUUUACAAUUAUGCUCAUUGCAACGAGGAAAACUGCACCUGCAAAUCUUCAGGAGCAAGUACUGACAUGACUGAUAGAACUGCUGUAGUCACAUUAAGGCUCAAUGCUGGUUACUACCAUGAACGAUUUAAAGAUAUUCGGAAGAGUUCAUUUCCGCAUAUAGUCUUUGCUCCGAAUGCUGGUAUUGCUGCUUACAGAAGCUGGUUACCAACUAUAGAGCUACUGAAGGAAAACAAUAUCCCGGCAGUAUUUUCCGAUUACUGUGAGGAAGCUUGUCAUCUGGCAACAUCUUGCAUAAGCACUGUAACCGGCAUUUCUCCAAGAAUUCCUAUUGAGCUGAAUCCAUUCAGGCAGCCACUGGCUGUAGAAUCUGGUCCUCUUUAUAUUCCUUGCUAUUCAAAUUGCUUCCUUUUCGGCAUGUAGAGUGAUUAUGGCAUUUGCGACCACUGUUCAAUGUAGGACUCUUCUGUUGGGAUGCCCUUCAAAACCGGCCCUUGUUAAGCUAGCAAUUAUGUCCUUCCUUUUGGGAAGGGUAAGUAUCAAGAUUCCAAUUCUCAAUAAUGCCUAAAAAAUAUGAGAUUGAUAGAGGAAACCAUUCAAAUGAGGAAAAGAGAGAAAAUAUGACAUGUAAUCAAUGAUUGAAACAAAUACUUGACCUACAUUUAUGUCCUAACAUAGUAUGUAUGCUGAUAAAUGUUAAAUUAAGAAAUAAAAUUUAUACUUUUUUUUU